CACAUAACCCCGAGUCCCCGAUCCUUCCCGCCCAGCAGCUUUUGCUAAUUCCCCCGGUCCUUUCAUCUGCCCGAGGAUAAAUACAACUGCUUCUGAUUACUGCUUAAUCAAGAACAUCAACUAAUCAACAGUUCUAUGUUACUACUAUGCAAGAACAAAUGACAUUCUGGGGCGCUUAUGUGACUUUGAAUGAGCCUUACAUCCUGAACUCAGAUGGCAAACGGCUUCGAAUUACACAGGCUACGUUAGAGCCACAGAAGGAUGGUUCUUUAACAAGAGCAAGGUCGAUUCUUCAAUGUACAGUGGGGAGUAAACCUCCUGUUUCCAUAUGUUCAUUAUCAAAGGAGUUUACCUUCACUCAGUUAGAUCUUGAGCUUGAGGAGUCUGAGCAAGUCAUCUUCGCAGUCAAAGGUCCUCAAAUAAUUCAUCUUUCUGGUUAUUAUGUUCCUUCACAAGCUGUUUCUAAGAGGGAAGCCAGUACUAGCACCGAUGAUCUCAUAAUAGAUUGCAAUGGUGAAGCAGAUAAAGUUAUGGCAGAAAAUCGUGAAGAGAGAAAGCUGACUGCAGUGGAGAGAGAUAUUGCUAACACUUUUAGCAUGCUUGACUGUCGUCGAGAUGACACCCCAGCUGAUGAGGAGAUGGUAAAUGAGAAAGUACAACUCCACGCUCCUGAGAGUAUACUGGAUGGCGAAGAUGAGGAUUAUGUUCCAUGUAUGAGGAAGAGUGCAGCAACUGCAAAGAAAAUGCUAAAGAAAGGUGGAGAGGAUGCUGACAAGGUAAUAGUUCAGGCAAGUAAAUUGUUGAAAGCUGUUGACUGCAUAAAAGAGGAAACAGCUGUCAGUAGACCAAGUCAACAAGAAAGGGAGGAAAGCCUGAUGAAUAACUUGCACCUUGCUUCCAAUGAGGUUGGCAUGGAGAAAUGCAUAGAGCCAGAAAAGAUAUCAGUUGAACCUUUCUGCAAAGAAGAUGCUUCUCACAGUAAUACUCUUUCGUGUUGGAUUGCCAAUUUUACUUGUAUUUUCAACACUCAGCUGGCAAAGAUUGGAGAAGCCCGUGAGCAGGCCCUUGAUGGUGACAUUGGUGGUUCUCCUCCCUUGCCAUCUAUGUUUGUGCUGCCUUCUUGUGAACUAGACUUGCAAAAGAGUUUGAGGAAAGAGAAGAAAAGAAUAGAUGGAUCUGGAAAUGAAAAGAAAACCACUGGAGGUGACACUGAAUACCAGAAGAAUGCUAUAAAAGAGAAUGAAGUGCAGCAAGCUCACAAAGAAAGUGAUGAUUUGUACCAAGGUUGUGCUGGGAGUCAACAUCGUUGGAAAUCAUUCACAUCAAUUGAAAGCAGUGGUUCUUUUCACUCGCCAUCUAAGGCUGGGCUGCCUUGUCAAUUUGACAGGCUAAACAAUGGGAAGAAAAAAAAGAAAAGAAAAGAAGGAUGUGACGAGCUGAAAACUAUUGAAGCUAUUGUUUACCACCGCAGGAAUGCUCUGAAAGAGAAUAAAGUAAACCAAUCUCACACAGAAAGUGACAACACGUGCCAAGGUCGUGCAGGGAACCGACAUGAUCAGAUAUUAGCAAAGAAUAUUGGUGAAAUGGGUGAAUCAAGUUCUUCGCUGCCUCGAGAUGAAGUCCAUGAUGCAGUUGAUCAGAAACCUAAAGAGAGACUGACAAAUGGGAAUGUCCAAGUUUGGCCUAAGACAAAUGAUGACGCGAAACGAAGAAUUGAUAACAGGUUGACCUUCUUUUGUGGGGAAAGUAAGUGUCCUAAUGGCUCAAUUCCUCUUCCUGCUGAAGAUAGAUCUAAAAAUGGUCAGAAAUCAAAAAAGAGAAAGAAACACUGGGCUUUGGACCAAAACUAUGUUAACGGAGAUGGAGAUGCCUUUCAAAAGGAAAUCUUUAGUAACAUUGUGGCUGACAUGGGGAGCAUGAGGAAUCACGGAGAUUUGAUACACGAAUCUUGUAAAUGCAACACCAAAAAUCUUUUGACAGAAGCCAAGUUCAAGCAAAACAUACAAGGCACUGAGAAUAUGGAAAUUGUUCUCCCAACAAAUAUUAAGCAUCAGAUGCCAAUGGAUGAUACCAAGAAUCAUGAAAGCUGUCCUGACUUAGUAGAGGAUGGAUACCAAUCUUAUAAAGAAUUCAAAAAGAAGAAACAGCUGAAGAUCAAAGCCAAACAAAACGGCAAUGAUUUGUGUUCCACUUCUAAAGCGAGGACCAUCUCAAAUGAAAUAAUUAUAGAGGAUCUGGCAGCAGGUGAAUCUGGCGGGAAAGUAGCUGCUCCGGGAAGAAAGAUCAAAGUAUUUUACACUGUCAGGUCGAGGGAGACUGGAAGUUUACUUGAGUCAAAUCUUGGGGAAGAAAAGCCCUUCAAGUUCCGCUUGGGUGACAAAAAGGUAAUCCAGGGUUGGAAUCUCGGCAUUAACGGUAUGCGUAUUGGAGACAGGAGGAGACUGAUCAUCCCACCAUCAAUGGUUUAUGGUGAAAGAGCUCCAGAUGUUUUUCCCUCAGAUUCAUGGCUGGUGUAUGAUAUUGAAUUGGUUUCUGUGCGUUGAUUGCUUAAAGUCCAGCAAAAUCUAAUGAAGCGAGAUUCAAGUGUUUUGAUGUUAAGUAGCAGCAAAAUUUAGAGAAGCAGAACUCAAAAGUGUUUUAAAAUAUUUCGUAGUGCUUUGAACAUAAAGUUCAUAUGACUAUAGGUACAGUAGAGCUGGAACAACAGCUCUUUUUGGUGAUUUACUGAAGGCUUGUUUUCUUUUUUGUUUGCCUAGUGUACUUGUGGGAGACUCUUAGCAAGGCUAUUACAAGCAACUGCUAAUGCAUUAGUAAGUCCAAGUGAGUAGUCUGUUCUA